AUGGGUAUAGCUGCCAAUGUUUCUAGUCGUAUCGAUUUGGUUCUUGCUCAAGAGAGGGGGCAGGGGUCAGUCGCCUUUUUAGGGCACGUUGUAUCGGUAGAGGGCAUAAAAGUGUAUCCUAAGAAGAUUGAGGCUGUUCAGAACGGGCCAAGACCUACUUCAGCUAGAGAGAUCCAGAGUUUCCUGGGUUUGGCGGGUUAUUACCACCGGUUCAAGGAGGGAUUCUCAUCUAUAGUAGCCCCAUUGACCAGAUUAACCCCGAAGGAUGCCCCAAUCAGAUGGUCAUACGAGUAUGAGCUGAUCUUUUAG